AAAAAAACACAGAUCUCAGUUUCCAUAAUGUGCCACCAGAAGUACAUUCUAGCUCCAUUAUUAAUUAUUCUACUCACGAACCACGUUCAGUGUGGCUUACAGAGAGUAAAGCGCAUCGUUCGCGGCAGUGCAGUUGAGAGUGAAGAAAAACUCUCUUCUGCCGUUUCACUUCAAUAUCUUAACUCAACCAAGCAAUUGGAGCAUUUCUGUGGAGGAACUUAUGUGGGUCGUGGAUGGAUUCUGACCGCUUCUCACUGUCUCACAUUGAUUGACUAUGAAAAGCAUGAAUUGUAUGCAGAAAUUGGGCGAAAAGAUCUGUACAAUAAUCCGGAAAAGCUAGUGAAACUUGAGGACUUCUACAUCAUUCAAUUCGACACGAUUACAUAUGCAAAUGACAUUGCCAUGAUUCGCCUGCCAGAAGAUCAUCGCGAACUGCCCUCAAAUGUGAUUCUCCCGCAAAGCACUGUCCCCAUUUCGGAGCACAGUAAUUGUUCGAUCUUCGGAUACGGAUCUGAGCGCUUCCUGCAGGACAUUGUCGCGAGUUUCAGAGAGGCUCCGAUUCACAUUCUGCCCGCCGAAGAGUGCGAAGAAGCACUGGUGCCUUACGCACCUGACUACUCUUCCGGGAUGUUUUGCGCUGGUGGCGGACUAGAGGACGCCUGUCAGGGCGAUUCAGGUUCUGGACUGAUUUGUGAGGGAAACACCCUUGUUGGCAUUGUGUCUUACGGCUCAUCGUGUGGCAUUCCAGGGCUUCCGGGAGUCUACACAGACGUCCAACAUCACUUGCAAUGGAUUAAUCAAGUUGUGGCGCAACCGUAUGAAAUGUAA